AUGGGUGUGGCAAAAUUAUAUUCAGAGAAAGGGCUGGAAGUCUUAAAGUUACAAGUCAGUGAAGAUAGCAGUCCACGUGUUCAAGCAAUCCUUCAUGAAAAUGGAGCUGGUUCAGUGCAACUGUCAGAUCCCUUUAGAAGAGGACAAGAACCAAGUUACCAGAAAAGGUUUGAGCGCGUGAAGUCAUUCCUUGAAGAUUUGGGCUAUUUGGGGCACCCGGGACCGGCAUGUGCCAAAUUCUGGUUUGCCAAUGGUUUAGGACGAGUCAUUGUUUACCCCAUUGAGAGCUUGAUACUUUCAGUGCACAAAAGAAUCAAGGCUUCCAAGACCACGUCUUGGCAAAGGAAUUCUGAUCAGUUGGCCUUUCUGUUGCCAACCUAUGGAAGCCGCGGAGCCAUUAGUGCUGCCACACGAAUGACAUACGGAAAUGCAUUUGCGCGUGCGGCUUUUAGAGGUGGGGGACCUUUUAUCUUGAAAGAUUCCAAAGACGUGACGACUCAAGCAUUGAAGCGGCUUGGCUACCUCGAUGAAUGGAACACGGACGAAUAUGAAGCCAUGCUAUGUUUUGUCAAUUCAACGCACAACAAGAGAGCUUUGCGGAAGAUGGACUUGCUUCCCGAGCCUUCCGACUCCAGCCUUGAUGUGAAGGACAAACUGCGCACCGCCUUUCUUUCCUGUGCACAAUCUGGCCAGUGGCAAAAGCCAGCAGCAGUUGCAGGCCAAAUGAAGCGCAUAGUUGACAUACUCAAGAAUACAGGUCUCCUGGAGACGAAGGAAACGAGCGGAGAAUACUGCAGUGGAUACUCCCAAGAUGAGAUUUCUCAAGCAAUCAAAGACUAUGCACGAGAGCAGCAGCUCCCUCCGUGCAAGACAUUUAACUGCUUGGCCUGGAGAAUUCUUGGUCACAUUCAGCCUGAAGCUCCCACCAGGCGAGGCACAGUAGAAUUCAGGAAGUAG